AUGGAGAACCCAGAACAAUGGGGCGGUGGAGGGAGGAGGGUGGUGGUGAUUGGCGGUGGAGUAGCUGGCUCCUUCAUUGCUAAAUCUCUUCAAUUCCAUGCAGAUGUAACUCUUAUUGAUCCGAAGGACUACUUUGAGAUUCCAUGGGCAAGCUUGAGAGCAAUGGUGGAGCCAUCAUUUGCAGAAAGAUCAGUGAUCCACCAUAAAGAUUACCUCACCAAUGGCCAUCUCAUCGUGUCCAGCGCCAUCAACAUCACUGACACUGAAGUCUUGACUUCAGAGGGCCGUCUGGUUACCUAUGAUUACCUUGUCAUUGCCACUGGCCAUAAUGAUCCUAGUCCAAAAAAUAGAACCGAGAAACUUAAGCAAUACCAAGCAGGUAAAACUACAGAGCAUCAAUUCAAAUACCAUUCUCCUUAUUAUGAGCUGCAAAUAUAUGUUGUUGAAGUGACAGGAAAUGUUAGAAAUUGUUCUAAGUACUAUAAGAUUAUCAUCAGUUCUACAGAUAGUUACUAUUUAAUUUGUUUCUGCCUUGGGAAAAAAAUUUAA